CGCAGGCCUCCUCCGCCAGCAGCGCGGUGAGCAGCGGAGGGGAGCUGCCCGCCAAGGUCUGCGCCUCGGUGGUCCGGGAGACGUUCGCCGCAGGAGCGAGACCGAGGUUCGAGUCCGCAAACUCCAUCCCGCGAGGCUCCCGGCCCGCUGCUCGGCAGGCCUGCAGAGGCAGCUGUCGACGUCUCCACUGGCUUCCACGUCGCGGUUGGCGCCAUCCACACAGAUGCGAGGCACCCGCGGGCCGCACGGCAUGCUGCUGAUAGGCCGGCCCGGCAGGGACGGCCUGUAGCACGCCGGGUAUAGUGCGGAGUUCCAGCAUACUGGCCAGUACUGACCUCGAGCGGCCCUUGAGAUGAUCUGGUACUUGGCCCAGCACCGCUCGGACGUGCUGAUUUAUUAUGUCGGCCGCGCGCUUGUUAUUUGAGGCACACAGCUUGCGUGUGCUUUUGCACGCCCCUUUGAUGCACUUGCUCCUUUAUUUGUUUUUCUUGGUCGGACUGCUGUUUCGAAGGAAGACUGCUUCGUCCAGGCAGGCGGCGCAUCGACUACCCUGUACUGGCAGAGUGUAUGGUUGGCGACCUCCGACUGUGGGAUCGGAAGUGAACGGACAGAGCCACCUCGCCAAUGACACGCUGGUUUCGUGGCACGCUGGGCCUCGACAUGUGUGUGUCCAGCGCAUGUCUUCCACAUGUCUCACAUGUGAGUUUCAGCCGCGUCUGUUUCCAGCAUUUUCCAGGUUCCUGGUGCAUGCUGGCACGUCAGUCUCUUACCUGAUGUGCUCGAAGCAUUCUAGAUGCCAGAGUUGCAUGUUGGAGUGUGCUCAGCGCAGCGCGAGCGGCGCCUGGUGAAUCGUCUUCCCUCUGUGGAGCAGUUGCGGAAGCACUGGGGGGGCGAGGGGUUGGCAAUUUGCGC